GUUGUUUGCUGUGUUCUCAGGGUCGCGUCGGUGUUUUUAUUGCGCGGUCGGUCCUUACGAGAUCAAACCCGAACAGCCUGAGGUGCUUUACUGAGACAGAAUUCAAUUCUACACUGAACUUCAUGAGAAAUUCUACAAUAAAACUGUGGGAAGAAUUCUAUGAGAAAUGAGGACUUUUACGAGGCGCUGCAGAAGGAGUGAAGGAGUCGACACGAACGUUUACAACGAGGUGGAACUGAAAAUUCUACAAGUCAUUUCAUUUUAUUAUUGAUUAAUCAGAACUCAAUUCUAUAGGGACGGAAUUCUACACAGAAUUUAAGACACUUUGUGAGAUUUAUGAGAUUUAAAUGUGAUUUAAAAUCCGGACUGUUCAUUAAAGAACGGACGCUGCUGGAUUACUGGACUUUUGGAUCUCAGUUAAGGUGUGUGGAACAUCAUCAUGGACGUUAGCAACAUCUCCGGACCUGGCGAGAACAUCAGCGAGGUUCCCGGACCGUCGGACGUGGAGCGAGUCCUGGUUCCCAUCCUCGACACCCUGAUCCUGGUGACCGGGCUGCUCGGACACGCCCUGGUCAUCCUCGUCCUCUCUCGGACCAUAAAAGGGGGGCGCCUGGGACCGGCGGGGAGCGGCGCGGGUACGGUUCGAGCGGCCGGCUCUAACGUAGCGGACGUUCUCCUCCUGGGUUUGAGCGUGGCGGAUCUGCUCCUGCUGUCCUGCGUCCCGUACAACACGGUGGCCAUCGCCACGCGCCACUGGCCCUUCGGGGACUUAAUGUGCAAAGCUGUUAGCUUCCUGGGAGCGCUGAGCAGCUCGGCUAGCGCCUUCACGCUGGCCGCCCUGGCGUGCAGCCGCUACGUCGUGGUGGUUCACCCAACCAAAGCGUACAGCUGGCGCAGGAACCGGCGCGUGGGGUUGGCCACCGCCGCGCCCUGGGUGCCCGCCUUACUGUUGGCGGUACCGCAGUUCGCCUCGAGGACGCUGAUGCCCGGGACGGAAAUACGCUCGGCCCGGAAGGAUCUGGUCUGUUUCAACUUCCUGUCUGAGGAAGACCAGCUGGCGUACGUCGUCUGCCACUUCGUCCUGGCCUUCGUUCUCCCGUUAGCCCUCAUCGUAGCGGCGUACGGGCGGAUCUACCACUUCCUGCGUAGGACCAGACAGAACCGGACUGAGCGGACCGAGCGCCUGGAGCGCUACCAGGCUCAGGUCACCCACACCUCCGUCCUGCUGGUGCUGGCCUUCGUGCUCUGCUGGAUGCCCUCCUACGGUCUGAUGAUGGUCCAGCUCGGGUACCGCUCUACCGUGACCGGGCCGCUACCCAGAUUCGGCGCGUUCGCUACGUUCGCGCGAGUCAUGGCCACUUUCUCCACCGUAGCGAACCCCGUCCUGUACGUCUUCAUGUCCCAAAAGUUCAGGACGGAACUUCAGGACCUGAUGAGGAAGUGGAUACGCUGUUCUGCAGGACACUAGCCUACGUCUAGCCACGCCCGCUGCAAACAGGUGUAUCAAACUAAUUAAAAAAAGACCUCGACCCCAAUAGACAGCUUCAUGGGCACAAAUCCCCACAGACAUACUCCAAAGUUCUGUGUAAAGCAGCUCGAUCACUGCCCAUGCUUUUGAAAUGAGUCGUCAGACAAGCUCAUGCUCAGGUGUCCACAUACUUUUGAUCUUUUACACAAUAAUCUACACUAUAUGGUCAAAAGUAUUGGGACACCUCUUCUAAUUAUUGAAACAGGUGCUAAAAUGUGUAAUAAACUUGGCAGCAACAGUUUAGGGAAGGACCUCUCCUUUCUAACAUAACAUAAAGAAAAGCUCCAGUGUCCUGCACACUCGACAGCUCUGGGAUGAACCGGAACACCGACUGAGACAUCAGCGCCCAGCCGUACAAAUGCUGUGGGCACAAAUCCCCACAGACACACCUCAAAGUCUUGUAAGAAGCACCUCAGAAGAGCGGCUGCUGUUCUACCUAAGAAUUUAGACACGCCUCCUUCUCGGGAGUGUGAAAUGCCGUCCCAAUAUUCUUGUUUUUUUGUCUGUAACACUCCACUGAGCUUCGGUUUGCACAAUAAAGAACGAUGAUGUAAAACAGAGAUGCUGGGCGGUGCUUAAAAUAACUAAACAACCAAAAGUAUGUGGACGCCGCUCCUAAUGACUGAGCUCAGGUGUUUGAGCCACGCCCACUGCUAACAGGUGUAAUGAAUUAAUGAAGCGAGGUCCAUUAAUGAUGUGGUUUAACGAGACUCCAGUGGUCUGCACAGAAAUCUGACCUAAAUUCCCACAGACACAGUCCAGAAUCCUGAGGACAGCCUUCCCUGAGGAGUGGAGACUGUUAUAUUUGCAAGGUAUGGGGAUCUCAACUUUAUGUUUAAAUUUAUGUAACAAGCAUUUGUGAGGUCAGGCACGGACGCUGGAUGGGACGGCCUCACCGUCAGUGUUCCAAUUCAUCCCAAAUGUGUUCAGUAGGGUUGAUGUCAGUCAUGCCGGAACAAGGAUGUGUAUGUCAGUGAUGUUGAAGGUUAUUAUUUAUUACUAUCACAUGCAGAACUAGCAGCGUCUACAUACUUUUGAUCAUUAAACAUGUAUAAGAUCAAAGGAAACUGCAGUUUUGGGGGUUUUUUUCACUGGAACCUCUUGAUCAAAACUCUUUUUGCUGAUUUCUGACACCUGCACUAUAUAGAAACACUCGAGUUAAACAGUAUGAAGGCCCCAGAGAAGUGUGAGAUAAACUGUGGUCACAUGAUCACUGGAGCUGUAAACGUGUUCCAGAUGUUUCCGGAUCAUCGGUCCUGGACCUGAGGGGUGUGAGGAGUAGUAAAACGUUUAGGUGAACUCACUCUCCACCACGGUCCUGCGCUCCGAGCCGUCGUCGCUCAUCUGCUGGAUGUUUCCGAAGUGAAUGUCGCUGAAGAAGAUUCUGUUGGGCCCCGCCCCUCCCCCGCCACGGUAAUCGAAGGUCAGAGCGAUGACGUUCUUCAUGUGCUCGGCGUCCUCGAACGGUUUGACGG